CUCGAUAUUUACGCUAUCUCGAUGGUAUUUACGGGACCCGAGCUAUCGACUUAACGUAUUAUAUUAUGGAUAUCAACAUUACGCGCUUGGGUAAUGCUUGUACCUUUGUACCACUGUGGAUUUACCCCGCAAUUGUAUUACAUAAGCUUUCGCAGUCGCAACAAAUGCGUGAGGCUCGCCGUCAGCCUCGGUUCUCCUGAAUGACAUGGUAUAAUAUAGGACUUGUGGCUCAAAGUCGUGGAAUUAUAUACGUCCUGGGCGCAAAUCACCGAUAAACAGGAGAAAUCUGUAGCCAACGUCUUCGGGGGUAACCCAAACGUCGCAAGCAUGCGUUCCCGCAUCCUCCUCCUUAUCGUCGUCUCCAUCAUCGGGCUACUCGUCCUUUUCUCAGCCCGCGAUUCGAACCUCCCAUCAGCCUCGCAAAUAUACCAUAGCCCCACAGGCAAAACUUCCCCAUCUUCGAAAAAGGUCGCGGCCUUGAUGGAAACGCGGGUAACACCAAACCUCGUCCCACUCAUCCUCCACUUCUCCUCCGUCCUCGGCCCAACAUGGCCCAUCAAGAUCUUCACCACCCAAGCCGCCAUGGUGAAUAUCUCUACCUCCGCAGCUUUCGAGCGCAAAAUUGCCGAUAAGAGCAUAUCCUUUGUCCUCCUCCCAGAGACCGAGACCUUCGAGGAGCACUCCUCCGUGUCGGCCUUCUUCUCGAAGCCAUGGUUCUGGCAGCAGCUGGCGCCUGCAGAGCGCGUCCUGAUGUUCCAGUCCGAUUCCAUUAUCUGCGCCAACUCGCGCCGCACAGUGGACGACUUCCUGGAAUAUGAUUUCAUUGGGGCGCCGGUUCGAGAGGGACUUGGCGCGGGGUAUAAUGGCGGAUUAUCAAUCCGCAACGUACCUCUGACCCUAGACAUUGUGGGCAAGGAGUCAUGGGCGGAGGACAGGAAGGAGAAGAAUGGGAAGUACAAGGAUGGCCCGAACGUGGAUUACGAAGACCAGUGGUUCUAUGCGAAGAUGAAGGAGAGGAAGGCGUAUUUCCCGACGCAGGAGGUGGCUAGCCAGUUUGCCGUGGAGACUAUCUGGGCCGAGAAGCCGCUUGGAUAUCACCAGGCGAAUGUGUGGCAGGCUGGGAGCAUGGAUAACAUCCUUAAAUGGUGCCCAGAGUACAAGAUGUGCACGAGCGAGACAUAUACUAGCCAUUGAGUGGCUAUCUCAUGGGAAGAGGCGUUAAUGGUCAUUCUUGGAAGGAAUAGGUAGCUGUAAGAUAUUGUGCUUGUACACUCCAGGGCCGUCCCGAAUAAACACUUUAUAGGAAAUAUAUCCCCAUAUAGUCGCGAACUCUGGGUCCAAGCAGACACAGGAAUUUUCCAGAAAUUGGCCAUGGUAGGUUUAUUGACAGUUACGAGUCAAAACAUUUCUACCAAACCAAACUCAUGGAAUAAGUCUCCAUUAUCGAGAAAUCAAGAGCCAUUAAUGAGCAGCGAGGAGUUGCAAGUUGAGUCACGAUGAUCUAAUCACUGACAUUAAUAUGCCUGCUGCUGAGUUAUUGCUUGUUGGUGAUUUGCUGUGAGUAUUUGUGGAG